CGUUCAUUGCCUUGGUGCUCAGUGUCCUUGGAUUGCUUACAACCAACAUGAAGAUGGUGAAUGAAGUCGUUAAAGAAAAUCUGGACGAGAUCAACCAAAGCCGUAAUGAGUGCGUAGGCACGUUGAAAAUUUGAGAUAAAACUUCACUCAGGGCAUGACGCCUAAAAAGAAAGCCGAAACACUCGGCAAAAGGUAUCCGAAGACGGGGUAUGAUUCGGGGGGUGAUUAUGAUGCUGACUAUAGCGGUAGCAGUUGCUACCAACUGCCCACAGCACUGCGAGUGUAAAUGGCGCAACGGGAAGGAUGCUGUAAUUUGCCACCGUGGUAGCUUUACCACCAUACCUACUGGCUUACUAUCCUCUACACAAUUGCUCGAUGUAUCGGGAAAUCGUUUUCCUACACUCAAAGACAAUGUUUUUAACAAUUCUGGCCUACUUAAUCUUCAACGACUUUAUCUCUCAAAAUGUAAUAUACGAGUAGUUCAACAACGUGCAUUUUGGGGACUGAAAAAUCUAGUAGAAUUGGACCUUACUCAGAAUAAACUUACUAAUAUACCAACACUAUCUUUCUCCUAUAUUAAAGAUCUUAGAGAUCUUAAAUUAGAUGGCAAUCCGAUCUCCAUUUUAAGUGAUGACGCCUUCGGCAACUUACGAGAUCUAGUUCGGCUAACACUAAAUUCCUGCCAAAUAUCUAAAAUAGAAUCGAAAAGUUUCCUUGGUCUAGAAAGUUCCUUACAGUAUUUGGAAUUAAGCAAAAAUUUGCUAAAAUUUAUUAAUGUCAAUGUUUUAGCUCCAUUAAGAGCUUUAAAAGAAGUGACUCUUUCAGAGAAUCCCUGGGAGUGUACAUGCCUUUUAAAACCAAUGCGUGAAUGGAUGAUAAAGAAAAAUGUGCCAAUAACAAUCACGCCAGAAUGUGCUCUACCACCACGUCUAAGAUCACAACCGUGGAACCGAAUUGAUUUAGAUGAUUUUGCUUGUAUUCCUGAUGUAAAAGUUUUAAAACAUAAUGUUAAAGGGCUAGAGGGUAGCGAUAUAGUUCUUAGUUGUAAAGUAUCCGGAAUGCCUGCACCAAGAGUACGGUGGUAUCGUACAGGUCGAUUAAUUGCUAAUUUCACUUCAAAUACUGGUAAAAGUUACGUCAUUCAUAUUGAAGGUCAAACAAGUAAUUUAACGAUUAAAUCAGCUGAUAUACAUGAUGCUGGGCUAUAUACAUGCUACGCAGAAAACCGUGCAGGAAAAGGAGAUGUUGAUAUAGAACUUACAAUAGAAAAGUCAUCAGACGUUCAUUUUAAAAUACAAGGGUUAAUCGCAGGUAUAACAAUAACUGCUGUGAUAAUAGUUUGUUCUUGUUUAAUAGGAGUAUGCAUACUCGAAUCUAGAAAAGGGGGGCGAUUAGAUAGAUUCAAUGAGCAAAUAGUGGUUACAUAUCAAAAUGAUGAAGUGAGAUUGCACAAUAAUAAAAGAGACACUGAAUUGACGAUAACACCAACGGAUAUAAGUCGAAAGAGAGGUGAUUAUAGAAAUGUGCCUUCCCAUGAUCCGGAAGACGGUUUAUUUAGAAGUAAUAAUACACAAGAUAAUAUAAGCUCUAUAGUUACGCCUCUACUUCCAAGUAUACACAGACCUCAGUAUGAAUCACGGAGUUACGUUCAAAAACCAGAAAAUGAUUUACACAUACCACUGCACAGUCAAAGCGUGAACACAACUUCGCAACAACCACUCCUAGAUAAAUUAAACUUUCCGAUGAAAAUGACAUCUGAUUAUUAUAAUAACAACUCGAAGUCAUAUAAUCGUUCACAACCACAUGGCAUUUCGUACAGUCAUAUUUCUAAUAUCGAAAAUGAAAGAAACUACCCUGACUUAAUAGAAAUGAAUUCUUUUGAAAUUCCAUUUAUGAGAGAUGAGAUUAAAUAUGAACCCCAUUAUUUCACGAUUCGGCGACGAAAAGACGGUAGCAGCUGUAGUCCAUUAUUAAACAGCAGGCGAAAUAGUUCUGGAGGUGAUUCCAACAGUAUUAAUGAACGUUCUUUUACUAGAAACAGGCAGUCAUCGUGGAACCGACGGUCAAAUAGCUCGUCAGAUCUCACCAUAGGGAGUAACCGAAGUCGUCACAAUCCUAGUCUACCUGCGUCACCUACUAGAGAGCGUUAUUGCACACCGUCCGCUACACCUUUGUUAGACGUUUCGUCGCUCCAUAAGUACUCUAGAGCUAAUUAUGCUAGAACUACAGAAGAGUUCGAAUUCCGAGUGUUGCAAUUAGAACAUUUUUUGGAUGAAUAUAGGACCAUUGGUAGUCAAUUAUAUACAUCAUCAAAAGAAACUAAAGACAAUUUACAACGCUCCAGACCUAUUGUAAGUGAAGAAUCAUCGAUAAUGAGAGGACAACCUUACGUAGCGAGGAUGUCGCCAUCUUUAGCCUUACCUGAUGCCGCCUCUCCGCUGACACUCAAUGCAUCCGACCUAAGCCCUCAACCGGUCCCAGAAAAACGAUCAAUGUAUCUUACUUAAGUACCAUAGAGAAAUAUACAAUUCGUUGGUGAGCUUAAAUCUUUCUAAUUAAAAAUCUUCUCCGUCGGCCUAAUUGGCCAAGUUUAACGACAUUUCCAACAGAAUUAGUGAUUAAGGAUGUUGACUGAUGUUAACAGUAUUUUAUUAAGUGUUAGCUUAUAAGUAACUAA